AUGGGCGUGGAGAUGGAGCUCUCCGAGAACGGGGGCGGCGGCAGGCCCCCACGUCCGCCAAAAAUCAGCCUGAUGGGGCUAUUUCUCGCAUGCAUGGUUGCCGGCGGUGUACAAUACGGCUGGGCGCUGCAGCUUUCCCUCCUCACCCCCUACGUGCAGACAUUGGGGAUCCCUCAUGCUCUUACUUCAGUUAUGUGGCUCUGUGGUCCUAUCGCCGGGUUAAUUGUGCAACCAUGUGUGGGUCUAUCGAGCGACAAGUGCACUUCCCCGAUGGGGAGGCGGAGACCCUUCAUCCUCUCAGGAUGCAUCGUCAUCUGCAUAUCUGUCACUAUCGUAGGUUUUUCGUCAGACAUCGGGUACGCUCUCGGCGACACAAAGGAAGACUGCAAUGUUUACACUGGGCCACGGUAUCGUGCGGCCGCCGCGUUCAUCCUGGGGUUCUGGUUGCUCGACUUCUCCAACAACACCGUCCAGGGUCCAGCUCGUGCGCUGAUGGCCGAUUUAUCAGGUAAACAUGGCCCCAGUGCAGCCAACGCAAUCUUUGUUUCAUGGAUGGCUCUCGGAAACAUCCUGGGAUACUCUUCUGGCUCCACCAACAAAUGGCACACAUGGUUCCCUUUUCUCCAGACAAGAGCUUGCUGCGAAGCUUGCGCGAACCUCAAGGCCGCGUUCUUGGUCGCAGUGUUAUUCCUCGGCAUUUCGACGAUGGUGACGAUGAUCUUCGCCAAGGAGACGCCACUGGACCCGGAGGUGGCGAAGCAGAGCGAGGGGGAGCCGACGGGCCCGAUGGCCGUUUUGAAGGGCAUGAAGAACCUCCCCACUGGGAUGCCAUCGGUGCUCAUCGUCACGGGCCUCACGUGGCUGUCGUGGUUCCCUUUCAUCCUCUUCGACACGGACUGGAUGGGCCGGGAGAUCUACCACGGCAGGCCGGACGGGAACCCCGCCGAGGUCGCUGCUUUCCAGGAGGGCGUUCGGCAGGGCGCCUUUGGGUUACUGCUCAACUCCGUGCUCCUCGGCAUCAGUUCCUUCAUGAUCGAGCCCCUGUGCAGGAAGCUUGGCGCCAGGAGCGUGUGGGUGGUGAGCCAAGUCCUCGUGUGCAUCGCCAUGGCACUAGUCGCCGUGCUCGGCUCAUGGUCGCUCGGCGACUUCGGCGGGAACGUGCAGGACGCCGCAGCCACUGACAAGGGCCUCAAGGCAUCGGCUCUCGCCCUCUUCGUCUUCCUCGGCUUUCCCUUCGCAGUUCUGUGCAGUGUCCCGUUCGCGGUGACGGCGCAGCUGGCGGCAAGCAAAGGCGGUGGGCAAGGGCUGUGCACGGGGGUCCUCAACAUCGCCAUCGUGCUGCCCCAGAUGGUCAUCGCCAUCGGUGCCGGGCCGUGGGAUGAGCUGUUUGGAAAAGGGAACAUCCCGGCAUUUGCACUCGCCUCUGUGUUCGCCUUCACCUCGGCAGUCGCCGGCAUGGUCAUGAUUCCCAAGAUGUCAAAGAGCAGUUUCCAGUCUGUCAGCAUGGGCGGGGGCCACUGAUCAUCACAGCACAACAUUUCGAUAUGAUUGCAGUACUUCAUAUUUUCCCUGGGUCCUAAUCGCUUGCUACGAUAUCACUUAAUUGGUAGACCUAUUUUUGCUUAGGGUGGGGAAUGGAGUAGCUGACUGUUAAGUUAACAUGUACUCCUUCGGUUCCAAACUAACUAACGUAGAUUUGUGUAGACUUUCAUAUUAAUUCACGUCAGUUAGUUCGGGACGGAGAGAGUAUUAGUUAACAGUUGAUCAUUUAUUACUGAGAUUUCGACAGAGAACUCUUUUGUUAUUUAGUGUUUACA